AAAGUCGCAGAGCCUCGGCGCGCGGGCCGACGCUUGGCGUACGGCCGCGCGGGGCUCCGCGCGCGCCCCUCGCGGCGCGAUGCCCGAGCAGGCGGCAGCACGCCUGAAGCCCGGGGCCCGCAGGCUCACCGUGCCCAAGAAGCCCCGGGAUGGCUCAGCUGCGCUUUUCGUAUUUUGGCGCCGCAUCAUGACCCCCCACCGAUGGAGCUCUCUCCGCUGCUGCUGGGCCUGCAGUCCGCGCCGCCGCAGUCGCCCUGCCGGCGCAGGAACUCGGCGCCCGUGAUCGGCGCUGGGACCGAGUUCGAGGCCAUCGACGUCGUCGGCAGCAGCAUCGACGAUGUGCUGUAUGCAGAUGCAGAGGCCGUGCGGUUGAAGACGCCGCAGGUCACCCCACGCGAGGCGGCCGAGUUCGUUCAGCGGCAGGAGUCGUCGGUGCUGAGAGAGGGUCUCCAGGGGGACAAGAGCCCCGCAGUGGUCGUGCAGCCCGCCUACCUCGUCACCGAGUCGCUGCUGUUCCCCGGGCUGGCGAAGGACACCCCGCUGAGCCCGAGGAAGCACAGGAGCACGAACGGCAACGGCAGCCAGAUGACAGGCAUGUACAGCCUGGGCACGCCAACGACGGCCUGCCCCUCCGACGAGUACGUCCUGAUCAGCAACUCCACCCUCUGGGACAACAAGCGCGGCUCGCCCUGACGUGGACCUGCGGGAACCGGCUGCGCCCCUGCAGCUCCAGAUCCUGCGCGCCUCGGUCCUCUCGCCGCAGGGGUGUGGCCUCGUCACCAGCCGCGCCCCAGCGGAGCGGGCGCGGCAGAAUGCAUCUAUCUCCCGAUUUGGUUCGGCGCCCCCGCCCCAACGGGUGCAUGGACGUCAUUCGCAGCCUGAAGGGGGAGG